AUGGCACCAUACGAAGCACUCUACGGUCACAAAUGUCAAUCCCUACUAUGCUGGUAUGAAGGAAAAGAUUCUAGUAUGCUGGAACCAGAGUUAUUUCAGGAGACAACUGAGAAAAUCAAGAGAAUUUGUGAGAGGAUUCUGGCGGCUCAGAGCCGACAGAAGAGCUAUGUCGAUAGGAGAAGGAAACUUUUAGAGUUUAAUGAAGGUGAUUAUGUUUUUCUUAAACUUAGAAAAUAUAAUCCUGAAGAAAGUCAUGUCCUAGAACCUGAAACAGUACAGUUACGGGAUGACUUGACGUUUCAAGUACCACCCGUGCAAAUAGUCGACCGGAGUAUCAAACAGCUGAGAGGCAAGGAGGUUCCGUUAGUAAAAGUUGUUUGGGGACGAGAUGGCAUGGAAGAACACACCUAG